UAUAAACAAAGCGUUAGGAUGUUAUUCGCACGACUUGUUAGAAGAAACGCCAUUGUGGUAAUUUGCACCUGUAUGCUGUUUGUUGUUAUAUUUCAAAACACAGUUAUUGACAGCCCUGAGUACAUCUACAAUGAAUACCGUCUUCAAGAUAUCCCAAUUAGAAAGGUUAAAGGAAGAAACACGAUACGAGAAGUUGAUCAGAAUUACAGUAAUUACAUGGAAGAUAUUUUCUCGACCAGACGUAAAAGAAUAAGAGACGCCUGUUUAUUGGACACUAGUGGUCGUGUACAGGGGUUGAUGAUAUAUAAAGCCGCCAACUUGUCGUACUGUGUUGUACCUAAGGCUGGCUGUACAUUCUGGAAGAGAAUCUUCAGAUUUUUGAAUGGUGAUACCGGAAACAGUGGAAUUAUUAGCCCAUUCAAGAUAAAUCGUAUGAUUGUCCAUUAUGGUUCCUACAAAAACAUGGGACGCCUGUCCUUCUCCAACAUGACCGAUCGAUAUUUUGUGUCCAAAACCAACCGUUUGUUAGUGGCCAGGGAUCCAUAUUCUAGGCUGUGGGCUGUGUAUCUCGAUAAAUUCUUCCUCCCCGAUUUUUGGAGAAGUCACGGUCAAGUGAUUCUACGGAAAAGAAUGAAGGAACCUUGGGGUUUAAAAGGUCAACGGAAGAUCUGUGCCGGCGAUAUUUCAUUUCAAGAAUUUAUAAGCUACGUUAUCGCAACAGAAAGUAGAGGUUACGGUGGUAAUGAGCAUUGGGUUCCAAUUAAUCGACUGUGCAAUCCAUGUAAGUUUAACCCGGAUUUCAUCUCAACGAUGGAAACAUUUACCAGAGAUGCUAAAUAUAUAUUAAGAAAAGUCGGAUUAGAGCGUGUGUUAAAGAAUCAACCACAUUCGUAUUUGAAGGAUGAAUUACACAUGCUAAUAAAGUACAACUUUCAAUUAUUAAAAGAAAAAUUUAACAAGAAAUGUACGAAUCUGUUGACUCUCUGUAAACGCUUAUGGAAAGUAUUUCAAAUGAAUGGAUUUAUCUCCUCAAACGCUCCAUUUCCGGAAGUAAUUGAGUUCCGGCCUACCUUAGUUGAUGCACAACUUUUCUGUGACGAAGUAAUGAAGAAAGUUAGAGCCCAUAAAAUCAGUAGAUCAGAGAGGUGGAAGCAGAAACGAGACGCAAUGGAAGCCGCAUACCGUAAAUUACCAUUAUCUCUUCUUCGCAUGAUUCCUUAUAUCUACGAGCAUGACUUCCGAUUGUUUGGUUAUAGGCCCUACCCAUCCGGUAUAUUUAAAAAUCAUACGGCGUACAAGGAUAGACUUGAUCAAAUAGUUUGAGUGUUUUUCCCAUAAGUAGGGUAAUGCCAACAGAAUUGACUCAUUACUGUAAGCAAAUAUACUAACGAUAUAAGGCAUGGUUUUGAAAGAGUAUGCAGACUGAACUUCAUUAGACAAACAUGUUGUAUUCAAUGUUUGUAGAUUAUAUAUUAACAUAAU